AUGGGGACCAUCAGAAAUCCGAUAAUUAUAUACGGAUUGGUACAUGCCAGAUCGUUUUCAUUAUGUGGAGGUCCCCUUUUAUUCAGCAAUGACUCGUUUAGGUCAAAGGACAAUAGCAAGAACAGUAACAAUAUUAAUAAUAGUAAUAAAGUAUGGGAUAAUGUUGAAGAUAAAUUGAAAGAUUAUAAAUUGAGAUAUACUGAUCUUCAAGGGAAGAUAGAUAAGUAUAAGACACAAAUCUCUUCUCAAGUUGAUGUAAUUAAAAAAUCUAUCAAUGAAGCAAAUAAGAAAAUUGAAGAACAAGAGAAAGAAGGUACUGAUGUGAAAUUGAAUUAUAAGAAAAAUGCUCAAACGAGUGGUAAUAUUGUGGGGUUACCAUCUGAUAGAGAAUUGAAUAGAAAACAAUGGAAAAGAAAAUUGGAAUUUUAUUUGGAUUCUUUACAAGAGACCAUUUUCACAGCAACUAGAGCAUUAAAUGACGUUACGGGCUAUUCAAGUGUCCAAACAUUAAGAAACUCUAUAACUAUUAUGGAGAAACAAUUGGAUAUUGCAAAACAGGAUGUGAAAAAGUAUAAAGCUCAAUAUGAUAAGGCAAUUGACUCUAGGGCGACUUCUCAAAGACAAUUAAAUGAAUUGUUACAGAGGAAAAGUUCAUGGACACCAGGUGAAUUAAAACAAUUCACAGAUCUAUAUCAAGCUGAUGCUACUAACUCUCAAAACGAAAAAAAAUUAAAGGCUAGAUUGGUCGAGUUGGAAGCUGCAGAGAUUAAAUUAGAAGAUGAAUUAUAUAGAGCAAUUCUGACAAGAUAUCAUGAAGAGCAAAUUUGGUCAGAUAAAAUUAGACGAACUUCAACUUGGGGUACCUUCUUGCUGAUGGGGAUGAAUAUUGUUCUAUUCUUAAUAUUUCAAUUGUUGUUGGAACCAUGGAAGCGGAGAAGAUUAACCAGAUCAUUUGAAGAUAAAGUUAAAACAGCUUUAGAAGAUUAUUCGCAAGAACAAAAUGAAAAUACAUUGCAAAUUUUAAAAGCAUAUCGUAUUACAAUGGAAGGAAAAGAACAUCUUGUUGAUGAAUCUGAUAUUAAAUCCGAUCUGUCCCAAUUAGAAAAGACUACGUCUACAGCAGAUUUGUUCUCAGUACCAGAAGAGACGACAGAUACAACACUUUCACCCGGAGACAUAUCGGAGAGGAUACAGAAUUUUGGUAAGAAAUUGAAGAGUAUCGCACCGAAUCAAGGAGCUUCUGAAAUUGUUCUAACUAAUAAAGAAUUUUAUAUAUAUUCUUCAUGUCUUAUCACAGUCGGUGCAAUUAUAAGUAGUGUAUUUUAUAAUAUGUAA